AUAUCCUCUUUGAACAAGCUAGUAAAGAAGGAGCUUUUAGUUUCAAUAACAAUAAUUCACUUCCAUCCUGUUUGUUAACUCCAGUCUGAUUUCUUCCCUUGGUCUGGGCCAUCUGGCAAUAAGAUUUCUGCUGUAUUUGAGAAGUUCCUUAAAUUCGAUUGUGUUUCGGAGCUGAUCUUUCUUCUCUUGGAGGUGGCCAGGUGGGAUCAUUGGGAAGGUUAUAGCUAUGAAUUAUCCUCAAGAGAAGCUUGUGAGGUUUGAGGACUGGAACUCAGAGAGAAGCACUGAAGGACAUUUCUCUGAUAAUAACAGGAUAAAUUUGGGGAAGAUUAGGUUCAAAAUGAAUUCAUUUUCAGAAAAGUUUCAAAGAGGGGUUGAAUCAAGUUCUGAAAGGUUUAAAGGGAUUAGAAGAUCAUUUAAAUAUUCAUUCAAUCGCAGUUUUGGUUCUAAUAAGAAAGUUCUUGAUCCACAGGGGCCGUUCCUUCAAAGGUGGAACAAGAUAUUUUUACUGUCAUGUAUCCUAGCAGUCUCAAUUGAUCCUUUGUUCUUUUACGUACCUGUGAUUAAUGAUGAUAAAAAGUGUCUUGUUUUGGAUGAAAAGAUGGAGAUUACAGCCAGUGUGCUGCGUUCUUUCACGGAUAUCUUUUAUAUAAUCCAUAUAAUUUUUCAGUUUCAUACUGGCUUCAUUGCACCCUCUUCUCGUGUAUUUGGAAGAGGGGUUUUAGUUGAAGAUUCAUUGGCAAUAGCAAAGAGGUAUCUGCAAUCAUACUUCAUAAUCGAUGUUCUAGCAGUUCUUCCCCUGCCACAGGUGGUGAUUUUAAUUGUCAUACCACAAAUGAGAGGUUCAAAGACAUUGAAUACGAAGAACUUGUUGACAUUUAUUGUUCUCUUCCAAUAUCUGCCAAGAGUUUUUCGAAUAUAUCCACUGUAUAAGGAAAUUACAAGGACUUCCGGCAUACUAACUGAGACUGCAUGGGCUGGAGCUGCAUUCAAUCUGUUUCUUUACAUGCUAGCAAGCCACGUUUUUGGGGCAUUUUGGUACUUGUUUUCCAUUGAAAGAGAAUACACAUGCUGGAAAGAUGCCUGUAGGAAUAAUGCUGAAUGCUCCCCCCGUUCAUUUUACUGUGAUGGUGAUUCUUCUUUUAGUGUGUUGCUGAAUGAAUCGUGUCCAAUACAAACACCCAACACGACUCUUUUCAAUUUUGGGAUAUUCCUUGAUGCCCUUCAAUCAGGUGUUGUGGAGUCAGAAGAUUUUCUAGAGAAAUUUUUUUACUGUUUUUGGUGGGGACUGCAAAAUCUAAGUUCUCUGGGUCAGAAUCUUAAGACUAGUACCUAUGUCUUCGAGAUCUGCUUUGCAGUUUUCAUUUCAAUCUCGGGCUUGGUUCUGUUUUCAUUUCUCAUUGGAAAUAUGCAGACAUAUUUGCAGUCCACCACUACCAGGUUGGAGGAGAUGCGAGUGAAAAGACGUGAUGCAGAGCAAUGGAUGUCCCACCGCUUACUACCUGAGAGUCUAAGAGAGCGGAUAAGACGAUACGAACAAUACAGGUGGCAAGAAACUAGAGGAGUUGAUGAAGAGAAUUUACUUUGUAAUCUCCCCAAGGACCUAAGAAGGGAUAUAAAGCGCCAUCUUUGUUUGGCUCUGCUCAUGAGAGUACCGAUGUUUGAGAAAAUGGAUGAACAAUUAUUGGAUGCAAUGUGUGAUCGCCUCAAGCCAGUUCUCUACACGGAGGAGAGCUACAUUGUUCGGGAGGGAGACCCAGUUGAUGAGAUGCUCUUAAUCAUGAGGGGCAAACUAUUGACCAUGACAACAAAUGGUGGAAGAACUGGCUUCUUUAAUUCUGAAUAUCUGGGGGCAGGGGAUUUCUGUGGAGAGGAACUUCUCACAUGGGCACUGGAUCCCCAUUCUUCGUCGAACCUCCCUAUCUCGACUAGAACCGUUCGAGCUCUGACAGAAGUUGAAGCCUUCGCUCUGAUGGCUGAUGACUUGAAGUUUGUUGCUUCUCAGUUCCGCCGGCUUCACAGUAAGCAGCUGCGCCACACUUUUAGGUUCUAUUCGCAGCAGUGGAGGACUUGGGCAGCUUGUUUUAUACAAGCAGCUUGGCGCCGAUACAGCAAAAAGAAACUUGAAGAAUCUCUUAGAGAAGAAGAGAAUAGACUGCAAGAUGCUUUAGCCAAUGCUGGUGGGAGUUCACCAAGUCUGGGUGCCACUAUUUAUGCCUCUCGGUUCGCUGCCAAUGCACUUCGUGCUUUACGGAAAAACCGUAGCCGUAAAGCAAGAGUGACGGAGAGGAUUCCACCUAUACUGCUUCAGAAGCCUGCAGAGCCUGAUUUUACUGCUGAGGAGCAAUAGGCAGGGAAGGAACCUAAUUUUACGUAAAAGGUGGUGUAAAACAAUUUAGGAACUCAUCCCUCCACAUAUAAGAAAUGUAUGUAUCUUGGAGGAAAGUGGCCAAUUAUUGAGUCUGAGGUUUGUAUAUGAUGUAUACAUGUCUUCAAGUUUUGUUUGUUGUGUU